AUGAAGGCCUUCUUUGCUAGUGCGUUCCUUGCGCUCGUCGGUGCUGCCGCCGCGCAGAGCUCGUCUGCCGCCGUGCCCUCCAGCACCGCCGGCAUCGACCCAUGCAUCCUCUCCUGCGUACAGACCGCCGCGACAUCCGCCGGGUGCUCCAGCUACACGGACCUCACCUGCAUCUGCUCCUCCACCGCCUUCCAGACCUCCGCUCUGACGUGUCUCACUGCGAACUGCACCACCGCCGACCUCGCCGCAGCCCAGGCCCUUCAGUCUGCGGAGUGCGCCGCAGUGAGCGCGAGCUCCGCGGUCGGUUCCUCCACCGGCUCCGCGGCCUCCUCCGCCCUGUCCAGCGCGUCUUCCGUGCUCGCGAGCGUCUCCUCCGCUGUCUCGUCUAUCACCGCCUCUGGCUCCAGCUCUGGCACCGCUUCCGGCUCGACAAGUUCGCAUGCGUCGACAUCCGGCUCCGGGUCGGCCUCUGGAUCGGCCUCUGUGUCGGCUUCUGGGUCGUCGGGCUCGACUACGACAAGCUCGAGCGCGGGUAGCAGGGCUGAAUUCGCGCAGGGCGGGGUGUUCGGCUUGCUGUUCGGCUUAGUCGGUGUUGCGGCUGGCGCGGGUCUGGUGUUGUAG